ACUAAUCAAUCAUGUUUAGUUUAAUAAAAUUCUUCUAUCCUGAUACAAACUUUAUUUUUUUAUCGUCCUUUGCAUUUGCAACCCAUUAUCAAACUCCACCUGGAAAUGUUUUUUUAAUUGGCUUCUUCAUGGUACUUUGGAGAAAAAAAGGUUUUGAGGUUUGUGUAUAUAAAACACUUGAGAUCUUGAUAUAUGUCAUAUUGAAAACUCUUUAGGUUUGGCUUCUGUUCCUGACACUUGUAUAGUGAAGUGGGCUUGUGUUACAUUGAUGCAAUCUCUCUCUCUUUAUUCAAAAGUCAAUUAGAGAUCUUGAUGCUACUUCUGUCCCUUUCCAAGUGAUUUUACAUCGACCAACUAGCUUUCUUCAUAUGAGUGUAUAUAUUCAUGUACCUAUCCCUCUCAAUUCCUUAUCACCAAAAUCAUCUUGCUGAUUCAUUUGCUUUCAGAAUCAUCUUGCUUUCCUCUUUGCUUUUUUUCAUUUGUUGGGUUAAAACCAAAGAAGUUCCCAAAUUUAGAGCUCGAAACCGAUAAGGAUCUAUUCUGCGGUUGAUAUAGCUGGGUUCUCGAUGAUUAGGGAAAAAGGUGUAGCCCUUUGGUGGAUGUAAUCAGCCAGUAGUCGCAGAUGCAGCACCAUUAAGAUUCACAAGAGAUGUGGUUCCCUUUGUUUUCGCCCCUCGAUCCGAAGAAAAGGGUUCCUUUCGAGUGGGAAUCUUGAUGAUGCUGCAUCAGCAAAUACAUGGCUACUAUUGUCAGUUUCUUUGUUCAUUCUCUAGUAAAGAUAGUCUUGGAGAUCGAUCUUACAAGGACGACACAACACCAAGAAGAGAGAUACACGCAUUGAUGUACAUUUAUUACAUACUGAGUAGUUUGAUCAGAAGAAACGACUGAGAAAAUCCACUCUUGAUUGAUGGAUGAUGAGACGUUGUGGAAAGUUUCCAAGAAAGAUUUCAUCUCCGAAACCACUCAUUUCUCUUCAAAACAUCAUGUUUUCACACGAAGCUUCUCAACAAAAGCUUCUUCUUCUUCUUCAAAACCCGUAGUAUUCACACGAAGUUUCUCAACUAAACCCACUUCGUAUUCUUCAUCAUCAGAGCCCACCUUUAGACGUAGUUUCUCUGCAAAACCGACUCCUUCGAAAUCUCCGUUUCUGUCUAGAAGCGGUUCAACGAAAUGCCAAGCUGAUGGUACAUCUUCCACUACUUCUUCUGCUUCCAAGUGUUCCAUCUCUCGGAGCUUGUCUCAGAAAGGAGCUUCGGUGACCCGAAAGUGUCGUAAUAUGGCCAAGGAGCACAAGUCUCGGUUUUACAUCAUGAAACGCUGCGUUUCAAUGCUCGUUUGUUGGCACAAACAUGCCUGAGAGAUCAUCGUUAUGAAUGUGAAGAAACAAACAAGACUAGGUUAAAUAAUUACAGAUUUUUUACUCUUUUUUUUUUUUUUGUUUCAUUUUCUUUACACAUCUUUUAAUUUUUUGAAAGCACAAAUCUGUAUCGAUGAUACACUCUUUCCAUUUUAAUUAAAUGUAUUUUUUAUUACGCAGUGUUCUUUUAUAC